UGCCUGCCAGGACGACCCUCGCCUGUCUACCACCACAUCUCUAGCCUGCUCCUUGUACCUGCUUCGUCCCGAUCUGGCUUCGACCCACGCCUGCCUUCGACUCUGCCCUUACCUGAGUAUUCCUCAGGUAACACCUCCUCAUAGCUCAGGCUAAUAAAGACUGUUAAAACAUCUUACUGUGUUUGGUGUCAUCACCGGUCCUCUAGUUCCAUUUAUUACAGAAUAAUGUGGCAACAACAUGGACUCGACGCCGACACAGGAAGGGCGACUCAGAGUAGAACGCUCCAUCUUCGUUUUGGAGACCAGGAUGACCGAACUCCUGGAUCUACUCUGAACCAGCGAGCAGGCUCGUCAGGUGACCGGCGCCCAGUCAACACCACAUCCAUGUCCAGCGGUGGUCCCAGAGGUCACACCGCAUCCAUGUCCAGCGGUGGUCCCAGGGGUCGCACCGCAUCCACGUCCAGCGGUGGUCCCAGUGGCCGCACCACAUCCACGUCCAGCGGUGGUCCCAGGGGUCGCACCGCAUCCAUGUCCAGCGGUGGUCUCAGGGGUCGCACCUCAUCCACGUCCAGCGGUGGUCCCAGGGGUCACACCGCAUCCAAGUCCAGCGGUUGUCCCAGGGUCCGCACUGCAUCCACGUCCAGCGGUGGUCCAAGGGGUCGCACUGCAUCUAGGUCCAGCGGUGGUCCCACAGCUUCGCCCGUCCAAGGGGCUCCGCCCGUCCAAGGGACAUCGCCCGUCCAAGGGGCCCAGACGGCGGCCCUGCCUGUCCAACAGGCUUCGGCCUCAGUCCAGUCUGCGGCUCCUCCUGCAGCGGCUCCACCUCCAAUCCAGUCGGCAGUGCCAGGUCCAGCACCUCCAGUCAAGUCAGCACCAGGUCCAGCGCCUCCAGUCAAGUCAGCGCCAGGUCUAGCACCUCCAGUCAAGUCAGUGCCAGGUCCAGCGCCUCCAGUCAAGUCAGCGCCAGGUCCAGCACCUCCAGUCAAGUCAGCGCCAGGUCCAGUGCCUCCAGUCAAGUCAGCGCCAGGUCCACAUUUGUGGAACAAUGCAUUAGAAAAGUCUGGAUUGUCCUGGGCGUGGUGUAGGCACUGCUAGCCGACAAUCCUGUGAUGACCGGAGCGGUCGGGCUGAGACGUAAGCCUUUGCAAGAGGAUUCAGGUGGAUGGGAGCCAUACCAUCUCGGACUUUGUAUGCUAGUGUUAGCAAUUUGAAUUUGAUGCGUGCUGCUAGUGGUAGCCAGUGGAGCUCAAUGAACAGAGCGGUGACAUGUGCUCUUUUUGGCUGAUUGAAGACCAGACGCGCCGCUGCGUUCUGGACCAUUUGAAGAGGUCUCACAGUACAGCCUGGAAGACCAGUUAGAAGGGCAUUGCAGUAAUCGAGGCGGGAGAUGACAGUAGAUUGCACCAGGAGCUGGGUGGCACGUUGUGUUAGGUAUGGUCUGAUCUUUCGUAUGUUAUGCAGCGCAAAGCGGCAUGAACGAGCAACAGAGGCAACAUGAUCUUUAAAGGUCAGGUGUUCAUCAAUCACAACACCCAGAUUUCGAACUGCCUUUGAAGGAGCCAGAGGUAGGAAAUCAUUUUGGAUUGAGAUAUUGUGCUGUAUGGAUGGUUUUGCUGGGAUGACAAGUAGUUCAGUUUUAGAGAGGUUGAGUUGGAGAUGGUGGGAUUUCAUCCAUGUUGAUAUGUCAGAGAGACAGUUUGAUAUACGUGCAGAGACGGUGUGGUCAUCCGGUGGAAAUGACAGCUAGACCUGGGUGUCGUCUGCAUAGCAGUGGUAGGAGAAGCCAUGUCAUCGAAUGAUCUCACCCAGUGAGGUGGUAUAUAUGGCUAAGAGAAGAGGUCCUAGUACUGAGCCCUGGGGGACUCCUGUGUCAAGAUGGUGCACGGUAGAGGAUUGUCCAAGCCAAGAUACACUGAAUGAUCGUCCUGUGAGGUACGAUUCAAACCAGGCGUGUGCUUUCUCUGUGAUGCCCAUGCUAGAGAGUGCGGACAAAAGGAAGCCAUGGUUGCCAGUGUCAAAUGCAGCCGAUAAGUCAAGCAGGAUAAGCACUGAGGAUUUGCCUGUUGCUCUAGCUUCUUUUAAGGAUUCAGUCACUGCUAACAGAGCAGUUUCAGUGGAGUGGCCCUUUUUGAACCCAGAUUGGUAAGGGUCAAGCAGUUUUGUGAGAGGUAUUCUGUGAUCUGCUUGAAAGCCACCCUUUCAAUGAUUUUGGACAGAAAAGGGAGGAGAGAGAUAGAUCGGUAGUUCUCCACAUGAUUUGGAGGAAGAGAUGGGUUUUUUUUUUUA